AAUCCUUCCUUCUUCCUCGGCAAUUGGGCCGACUUCGCAGACGAGGAUCUCUGCGACUUGUUCCUCAAAUGGAGCCAAAAGUAUGGAGGCAUGACGAAGAUGUCGGCGUUCAUGGGAGUGAGUGACAGCUGUCCUGGUACCAUCUCGUCGGGCUCCGCGGCUCGCCCGACCACAUGCUUGCCUGCGCAGACUGAUCUGCUCCGAUGCAACAUUUCGCACAGGAAAAGCGCUUGGUGGUGACGGAUCACGUAGCUCUCAGGCACAUUCUGGUCUCGCGUCCUUACGCGUAUCCCAAGGGCGUGGAUACGGCUAGGGUUCUGACAAGCCUUAUGGGUGCGGGUCUGCUAGUGAGCGAAGGAGAUGUGCACAAGAGACAACGUAGGGCCAUCGAAGCUGGAAUGUCGCCUGCGUCCAUCAAGCGACUGGGUCCGGUAUUCAUCUUCUAUGCUCGGCGCCUCCGCCACAAGUUGCUGCAACAUGUGGACAAGGAGCUGCGGACUGCCAGAACCAAACGCGCGGGGACUGCGUCUGAUCAAGGUGUCCUCAUCGACAUGCUAAGAGCAAGCUCUCGAGCUACACUGGACGUGCUAGGGCAUGCCGCUUUUGGGCUUCGUCUGGAGUGCCUGGAAGAUACUGAGCUCAUACGACCAGGCUUCGAGAAGGAGCCCACUUGGCUGGACAACGAGAGGGAGAAGUCUGCCAGCUCCAACCCGCUCGUUCGUGCAUAUGACCAAGCGCUGCAGCUAGCAUCCAGCAACUCGCAGUGGCGCAUGUUGCUGGACAUUGCCAUCAUGUUCUUUCCUACCCUGGUAUGGAUCCCCAUUGGCACACAGAGCCGCACCUUUGGCAGGGCGCAAAAGCACCUUCGAGAGCAAGCCGAGAAAGUUGUCGAAGAUGCCAAGGCAGAUUUGGAUGCUGCGAGCGCAGAUGCCGACAAGUUGUUGCGCGUGGACGGCGGAGCUGGCUCAUCGGCUGCAACGUAUCGAGGUGAAAGGGCAGACUUGCUUGCAAGCAUGAUGCGAGCGAAUGCCUUAUCCAGACAGGCCGCUCGCGAUGCAAGUGAAAGUCACAUUCCCGAAGCGUUUCUGCAAGCUCGGGCAGCGGAUGACUCAGGGGCAACGGGAGAGAAAAGGCAGGGGUCGCACAGUCCUUCACCAGUUUCGCCUCGCUCGCCCUUCUCUCGCUGGUCAAGCGUUCCAGAAUCGCCAAUGUCCUUGCAAAAGGCCACGCUCGCAGAUGAAGAAGUCGUCGCCCAAGUAUCGACGUUCAUGCUUGCAGGCUUUGAAACCACCUCCACCCAGCUCACUUGGACCCUGCUUUAUUUGGCAGAAAAUUCCGCCUGCCAAGAAAAGAUGCGCGAGGAGCUUCGGGCUAAACGUACAGAACUCGGUCUCAGCCCUGUUGCUGGCUCUUGGCUAGCAACAGAGGACAUAGAUACGCAUACCGAUGCGUAUGGAGACCUUGAGAGGGAGCUGACUGUAGACGAGCUGGAAACACUGCCGUACCUGGACGCCGUCGUUCGAGAGGUCUUGCGGUUGCAGCCAGCAGUCCACACGUCUUCGCGUGUUGCUAGCGAGGACGACGUCAUUCCGGUGGAUCCUCUAGCUUCGCCCAAUGUGCCGCGCUCAGGCGUGCGAGUGGAGAAGGGGUUGAUGCUGAUCAUCCCGCUUACCGCGAUCGGCAGAGAUCCUGAAUUGUGGGGAGAGGACGCGGACAAGUUCAGGCCUGAGCGCUGGAUCGAGGCGAGAAGAAGCGAUGGCUCUUGGGCAAUGGAAGGAGCCAAGCGGUGGUCUCGCACUGGUGGAGUCGCGUUUAUGAUGGGUCCGCGCGCCUGCAUAGGCAAUCGCUUUGCAGUAUCCGAGAUGAAGGCGCUCCUGUCCAUCCUGACUAGCACGCUGCAUUUUGAGAAAGGACGUCGACCUGUCACGCCGAAACGUUGGCUGGUCACCAGGCCUUGGGACUGGACCGUCGACAGCGAACAAGCGCCGCUGAUGGUGCGCAGGGUUCAAGCGUAGCCAAUCUCUGACUAUGACGACGACGUUCUGUACCAGCAUAUUAUUACUAUUAUCUUGUCUCGAUGCGUAAAUGUAGUGCGCAAAGCUU